UGUAUGUUUGGACGCACGUACGUACGCAGAUGCACACAUACACGGUAACGUUUCAGCGAUAUCAGAUGACAUUCGACGGUGGUUGUGCACGAUCGGUCGACAGAACUUGUUAAAUAGCAACGCGACGAGAAUCGCGUGUGCAAGACAUUUUCUCUCGAGAAUUAAAGAUCACCCUCUUCUCUCCUCUCUCUCCCCCUCUCUCUCUCUGUCUCUCUCUCUGUCUCUCUGGAUCGGCAAAGGGCGCGACCGAUAUCACCGUCUUCGUCCCAGUCUCCGUCAUCGGCGACGUAAACGACGACGAGACGGAGCAAGAAUUGGUAAUCGCUGUUGCGUGCUACUUGAACAGCUGACCUGGCUGUGACACGCCGAGAGAAUGGCAGACGCCGCCGUUAAUCUCAUAAUAAAGGCACCGAAUCAACAGAUCAAGGACCAGGUGGUGAAAUGCGAUCUCGGCUGGACUAUUGGCCGUUUGAAGGAAUACCUCUCCGAAGUCUAUCCCAGCAAGCCAGAAAGCUCACAUCAGAAAUUGAUCUAUUCUGGUCAAUUGUUGAAUGAUUCGGCCCAAUUGAAAGACAUCUUGAGACAGUGCGAUGGUUCAGAGGAUCAAGCGUAUACUGUUCAUCUAGUCUGUACCCCGCAAAAAAUGUGUGCAGUAAAAAGUACGGAUCAGAAUCGAUCGAUGGAGAAAAAUGUGGAUACUGCAACGAGACACACUCAUAUCAGAAGCAUCAAUGUUCCAAACCCAAAUCAUGAGAAUACUAACGUUACUGCGUCUCAGCAUCAACAGUAUUUACCUCAGCAGUAUCUUGAUCCUCGAAAUAGUCAACAGUUAGCCUGGAUGCAACAGGCUUAUACACAUUAUUUUACACAGUAUAUGCAACUAAUGGCAGCGCAAGGCGUACAGUUGCAAGCUAGCAUUCCAUACCUGCAGCAAAUGAAUAUUAACGCAGGCGAUGCGGCUCAACAUUCGUACACGAGCAACAAUAACAACAAUGUUGGCGACGAGCAACCUCAACCAGCGGCUCAGGACGCAGCCGAUAUCAACGCGGGAAAUAACGGUGUAGGCGAGGAUGCGGCGUUUAAUCGCGACUGGUUGGAUUUCUUCUACAUGUUGUCUAGGAUCGUCGUUCUAUUUGGCAUAGUGUAUUUUUAUUCGUCCCCUCUUAGAUUCCUCAUCGUCACAUUUUUGGGAUUUGCGAUAUAUCUAUAUCAAGGCGGUUUCUUCAGGGUACAACCAAUCUUAUUGGCUGAGAAUAACAAUGGACGCGCAGACAACAACAAUCAAGUGUUGCAGAAUGAAGUAGUAGGUCCUCAGGCUGUGCCGCAACAGCAAAAUGCUCAAGUGCCAACCGUGCAACCGGAAGCACGAACAAACGCCAAUGAGGAGAACGAGGAGCAACGGCCAGGCGCUCUUGCAUUUACUUGGACCUUCUUUAGUUCGUUUUUUGCUUCGCUUAUUCCAGAUCAGCCAAAUGUCAUUUAAUCCGCUUGGAUAUUCCGUCAUAGAAACUCGGCUUUUUUCCUCUAUAGUUGUAAUAUAAAGACUGGAGAGGAUAACUUUGUUAUGGUGUCACCGGGAUCUUGAAAAUAUUUAACAAUUUGUAGAGUCAGAAGUGCUUAAACUCGCGAUUAAUUCAAUAUGUAUAUUCCUAUGAAAGUCUGAUCAGUUUUACGAUACCCAAGGAUUUUUGUAUCUGAAUCUAAUAUACAUAUAUAUAUAUAUAUAUAUAUCAAAGUUCACAUAUAUGUUAAUAAUCAACAUACGCUUAAGAUGGAUGACAAUUAUCCGUGGAAAUACAAUUUCACGUGUAAAAAUUAUAUAUGUGUAUCAGUUAAACUCGUUGAGAGACUCGCAGUUUAUCAAGUAAAGUAACAGUCACGUAAGCUCUAUAGAUAUUAAUACUAACUUUCCUUCGGAAGAAGAUUGUUAGAUUGCCAUCCCAAAGCUAUUAGAAUAAAAUGUAUAAAAAGUUUUUUAUGUUUGUAGGAUAUUAAGAUAUAAAGGUACAACGAGAGAUAAAUAAUCAUGUAUAUAUAUAAAGAUAAGACCUGAUGAUUUCGUGUAGGGCUUGUAUUGUAUAAAGCUGUUAAGGAGAUAAUAGGCACUUGAUAAUUUUCUUAAAGAAUUCAAAUAUAUAACAUAUAUAAAUAUAUACGUAGCAAUAAUAUUAUAUUGUGUGAGGAUAAUUUUCCUGUGAUGUUUAAUAUGGUCGAAUAUAUCUGGUGUGAUAUUUGCAUUAAAAUAUCGCGUAAAAUUCGUAUAUAUAGUUAUUAUUGAUAUACAUACCAGGUGAAAAUAGUGCAAUUGUGAAAUUUCUGUAAAUUUUCUUAAAUAGUUCUACACAAAGAAUGCCGAUGAAAUGAAGAUGUAUAAUGUAAAGCAAAUAAAACAAUUUUUAAAAUU